AAACUUUUAAGAAAUCUCUAGUGGUAAAUAAAUACCUAUGAAAAAAGACGCUUAAAGUAAUGCGACUAGAGUGCCCUCUAAGCGGAAACUAUAGAUAAGUAGAGCACGUGUGGUUUAUUCUUCCAUAUUCGAUUUAUCAUUUAGAUACUCAGUUUACAUGUGUCUGUGAAAGCGGAUUAAAGUUCGUUGUUACACGUUACACUGUGCGGAAUUUAUUGAAUCCUACGCUACGUUAUAAAUUAAGUUUCGUCGAACGUGUAAGAUUCCUCAGUGAAGCGAUUUAGAAUAUUAAUCGCCGAGAGGGUAGAUUAUUGAUAUUUCAUAUAUCAUACAUAUCUUAUAUAUUUAAUUUUAAUUGUCAAAGAAAUAAAAAUGGAAGAAGUUAAUCCAAAAGCAUAUCCCUUAGCGGAUGCAGCUCUAACCGCUAAAAUUUUAAAUCUUGUAAAACAAGCUGUCGAUUAUCAGCAAUUAAGGAAGGGUGCGAAUGAAGCAGCGAAAACUUUAAAUCGUGGUCUUUCAGAAUUUAUUGUAAUGGCUGCAGAUGCUACACCACUAGAAAUUCUCUUGCAUUUACCGUUGUUAUGCGAAGAUAAGAAUGUACCUUAUGUCUUUGUCCGUAGUAAACAAGCUUUAGGUCGUGCUUGCGGAGUAUCCAGGCCAGUUGUUGCCUGUUCUGUUACGGUUAAUGAAGGAUCUCAAUUGAAACCACAAAUACAAGCUAUACAACAACAAAUAGAACGUCUAUUGGUUUAAGUUAGAUUUCUGUUCGUUGUACAAUCAUAUUCAAUUCAAGCAUCGACUUUCUGACUUGCUUGCGUAAAAACAGAUAUUUUUGUCACAUGUGCCUCAUUUACAUGUCUGAUGUAACAAUAAUUAUUAAUCGUAUUGAAAUUUUCAAUAAACAAUAGCAAAAUUUUCUUUGAUCUUCGAAA